AGCGGUGAUUCCAGCUCCAAGCGCAAGAUUGCUAUGGGUGCCCUUGGCAGGAGGAGGACCGUAGAAAUUCGGCUGCGGUUGCUGGUAAUUUCCAUAGCCUAGCGGGCUGCUGCUGGAAAUUUUCGCCAUAGCCAAGGAUCGCUUACGCUUUAUGGCGCUUGGCGGAGAGCGUGGAUUGUGGGUGCUAUGUAUUGCGUUUCGUUUGCUGAAUGCCCUGCUCGUUCGCACGUACUUCAACCCGGACGAGCACUGGCAAGCACUCGAAGUUGCGCACCGCAUUGUCUUCGGCUAUGGACAUCUCACUUGGGAAUGGAACAAAGGUCUUCGCAGCUACCUCCACCCGCUCAUGUUCGCUGCGCUCUACAAGAUGUUGGCAGUGCUUAAGCUGGAUACUCCAUGGUUCAUGGCGAGGUCGCCAAGGCUUUUUCAGUCUCUCAUUGCCGCAGCCGGUGAUGUUUACCUGUGGAAGCUCUCUCGUCGAGCAUUCGGUGACCGUGUGGCAAAGUGGACCAUGUUUUGCCAGCUCGUGAACUGGUUCACCUUCUUUUGCAUGGUUCGCACUCUAUCCAGCAGCAUCGAGACUGUCCUCACGACGAUUGCUCUCUUCUACUGGUCAUCUCCAACCAUCGACAAGCACUUCGGAUUUAUGUCGAAUCGUCAGCUUGCUCUAUGCGUUGCAUGGAUCUCGUGUGCCAUCCGGCCUACUAGCGCUGUCAUCUGGCUAUACGUGGGGAUUUAUCACCUCUACGAAUGCCGUGACAAAUUCAGAUAUCUCCUCCAUGAAGUUCUUCCUAUCGGGUGUGUCAUUCUUGGAGCGACUUUCGCUUUGGACAGGAUCAUGUAUGGGAAAUGGAUAUUUGUGCCGCUGAGAUUCUUCCAGUUUAAUUUCCUCUCGGGUGGUGGUGACUUCUACGGCAGCCAUCCCUGGCACUGGUAUUUCACUCAGGGGUUUCCAGCUAUGGCGUUCACACACUUGCCGCUAGCUGUGCUUGGGAUUUGGUGGUCGCGGGAGUGGUUUCUUGCGGGUCUUGUAGCCUGGAUAUUGUUCACGUACAGUCUGCUCGGGCACAAAGAAUUCAGGUUUGUCUUGCCAGCUCUUCCUUUGGCGAUGCUGUUUGCUGGAUACAGCCUUGCCUCCAUUGAGGCCGGAAGCAAGAAAAUCGUCAAAGAAAAAUCCGGUGGACGAUGGCCGCUUAAGCUUACAAUCAUUCUCAUCGGGCUGCUUGUCUCUAACGCUCCAACUGCGCUUUACACUUCGCUCGUCCAUCAGCGCGGCUCAGAAGCAGUGAUGGAGUACCUUGGCAAAGAAGCGACAGACCAAAGGGUGGAAAGCAUUGCGUUUCUGACGCAAUGCCAUGCGACUCCAUUCUACUCGUCGCUGCACAAGGAUUUGCCAAUGAGAUUCUUAGAUUGCUCUCCCAGCAGCGAUGGUGGCAAAGACGAGGCCUCACGGUUCAUGGAAGAUCCACUCGCAGCACUCUCCGUCAUGUUUGGCGACGGGAACGUGCCCAGCCACAUCGUCUUUUUCGACUCUUUGGAGGACAAACUCCGGCCAUUUCUGGAAGCACGCUCUUACAAGCUGGUGAAGAAGGUGUUCCAUGCCCAUUUCCCUGUUGAUCGAGAGCUCCAAGCGUAUCUUUGCGUGUUUUCGACAACUAAACGGCCGCUAUCAACAGCGAGCGAGUCCUUCCAUAGUCGCUGAGGAGGAAAAGACUUCACAGAACGGUCGUACGGAACCUGCGCUAGAGUUCAAAAAACAGAGAGGACUAGCUUUGCUACAAAAGCAGCUCGAGGCUAAAGGUGGCAGCCACACAAGGUCCAGGAUCGAGUCGCAUGAACGAGCUGCACGUAUAUCCUACAGAAGCCAUGCAGCGUCUAGCGGUGGAGACAACCUUGGCGAGACAGAAGCGCGAGACAUGAACGAGUGCAUUGAGAAUUUCGAGCACCCGUGAUUCUGAUCGGUCUGGCGGAAUGGUGAAAGAGAUAGUAGCGUCUGGGGCAUCCACUUUGCUGGCAAACGAAGCUGGUUGACAACGAGCUGCUCAUUCUCUUUGACGAGUGCGGUGAAGGCAUUUCAAGCUUUUUGGAGCCUUUCGAUCGUCAGCAUCUGCCCAACUUGUGCUGAAACUCGGGGUCCAAGACGCACGAGGUGACACUUUCAAAAGGCCGGCAACAGAUCUGCUUAUCACUCCCGUGACGAAAGCUAACCAGCGAGCUGCUGCUGUCACGGCUCUCAUCUCAUGUGCGAUCCUGAUGACGCGACCGACUUCACCGACUUUGGACUGAAGCAAGAAUUUAUGGGAAGCUUUGAGUGGAAAGAAGAUGACGAAGAUGACGAAGUGUCGUGAUUCAUGAGAAAGCUGCGGGUGAGUACGAAGAACGAAGGACAAAGAACGCUCUGCAAGUACCAGCGCAUCUUGGUGAACAGGUGAUUGAAAUUUCAUCCUUGAGCUUGCAAGGUGUGGCUCGGUGCAAGACAGCUCAAGAAAAACUGGUGGAAGGUGCUCCUCUCGAAGACGGCCUGCUGGAUGAAGCUGGUUAGCUGGUGCGACCGGCGCUACUGCAGAGUUCACGGUCAGGCCCUGCAAAUCUCACUGGCCUUCGUGUCGGAGCUAACCAGGAGCGACAGGUCUCACUGCAAGGUGAUGGGCUUCCUCUUGGGGUGAUGAGAGCUCUGGUUGGAAAAUUUGGGGCCGACUUAGCUGGGCUGGAAAAAUCAAUGGAGCUGCUGUGAGCAUGAACCACUGGUGGCAUUCCUUGUUCGUGCGUGGAGAAGUUCUGUAGAUCGUCAACGUCCUGGAAGAACGAAGCAAUCCAGUGGCAGUAAAAGCAGCAAAGGAUUGUCUAGUGUGUUUAUGCCAGAUCAUCAACGAGAACAAGCUCGAGGCUUGCGGCCUUUUGCUGCGACUGUGUUGCCAACCAGCUUGGAUCGAGUAUCAGGAACAGUGAUGAUUCCCAAUCACCGAAGGCUACCAGGAGGUGUUCCUUAUUGCCGACUUUGCAGCCUUGCUCCACAGCAGAUGGACGAGCUGUGCAAAGCUUCUGUGAGAGUUUUCGAAGCCUCGGGCUGGUGGAGCUACAGGUUUUGCCACUCCUGACUGGUAAUCAGCCUCAGCAGUGUGCCAUCGCCCAGUUCUUCUGCAAGGCCCAAGCCAUCGGCGGCAUCAGUGUGUAUAAGAGCUCGUUUUCUUCGCACGUAGUGUCAUGUUGGGUUUCAUGACAGCUUAGAAUGCAAGACUUACAGGA